CUCUUUUAUCCCUGCGCUUCGGGCUCUCCCCGAGCUCGCGGGAACGGAGCGGGGCGGGCGCGGGGUGGUACGUGCCACUCCCCGCGGCGCCGGCUGUGGGCGCGGCCGGUGCCGCCGUCUCUUCCGCUCAGCGCGGCCGCCGCCAUGAGUAUGCUGCGGCUCCAGAAGCGGCUGGCGUCCAGCGUGCUGCGCUGCGGCAAGAAGAAGGUCUGGCUGGACCCCAACGAGACCAACGAGAUCGCCAACGCCAACUCGCGCCAGCAGAUCAGGAAGCUGAUCAAAGAUGGGCUGAUCAUCCGCAAACCCGUGACCGUUCACUCCCGCGCCCGCUGCAGGAAGAACACCUUGGCCCGCCGCAAGGGCCGCCACAUGGGCAUCGGUAAGAGGAAGGGUACGGCCAACGCUCGCAUGCCCGAGAAGGUCACCUGGAUGAGGAGGAUGCGGAUCCUGAGGCGCCUGCUCCGCAGAUACAGGGAGUCCAAGAAGAUUGACCGCCACAUGUAUCACAGCCUGUACCUGAAGGUGAAGGGGAACGUCUUCAAGAACAAGCGGAUCCUGAUGGAGCACAUCCACAAGCUCAAGGCAGACAAAGCGCGCAAGAAGCUCUUGGCCGACCAGGCCGAGGCUCGCCGGUCCAAGACCAAGGAGGCGCGGAAGCGCCGCGAGGAGCGGCUGCAGGCCAAGAAGGAGGAGAUCAUCAAGACCCUCUCCAAGGAGGAGGAGGCCAAGAAGUAAACGCUGUCUGUCUUGUGUACAUAGUGCUUUACACCCGCGAGCGUCAAUAAAACGCUGCCUCCGAGA